UAUCAGAAGCAACAGCCCUUCCUGAGCUCAGCUCCUGUGGUCUCCAGAUUCUGUCACAAGAUGAAAGGUUCUGGUCUCCUCCCCUGCCUUUUCUUGGCUGUGUUUUAUCUCUUCUGGAUGCCUUCUGCUGGGCUGAAGACACUGCAUUUGGGAAGAUGCGUGAUCACCACAGACCUUCAGGAAAUGCAAAAUGGAUUUUCUGAGAUACGGAACAGUGUGCAAGCCAAAGAUGAAAUCAUUGAUCUCAGAAUCUUGAGGAAGACCGAGUCUUUACAAGAGACGAAGCCUGCAGAUCAGUGCUGCCUCCUCCGCCAUAUACUGAGACUCUACCUGGACACGGUAUUCAAAAACUAUCUGACCUCUGACCACCAUAUCCUCCGAAAGAUCAGCAGUCUUGCCAACUCUUUUCUUACCAUCAAAAAGGACCUCCGACUCUGUCAUGCCCAUAUGACAUGCCCUUGUGGGGAGGAAGCAAUGAAGAAGUACAGCCGAAUUCUGCAUCACUUCGAAGAGCUUAAGCCUCAUGAAGCAGUGGUGAAAGCUUUGGGAGAGCUAGACAUUCUCCUGCAGUGGAUGGAGAAGACAAGAUAAGAGAGAAGCGACAACACUGCUGACAGUGUUCCUGGCUAAGAAUCCCAGUCCUGAGUACUGUGGAGACGUGACCCCAGACCACUGUCUCCUUGUUAUAUUGUUUAGUGCUGGUCACUGUGUGUAUUGUUUAUUUAAUAUUUGUUUCCUUAUUGUGGUUGUUUUCAUGUGUUUCCUGUCUUAGUCUAAACCAUGGUUUUAUAAGAUUUUGGUAAUAUCUUUUGUACUAUUGGAUA